AUGAGCGACAUGUUGCCGCCGGCGGCGGCGCCGCCGCUCGACGACGAGAACCUACUCACCGAGAUCCUCCUCCGCCUCCCGCCGCUCCCGUCCUCCCUCCCGCGCGCAUCCCUCGUCUGCAAGCGCUGGCGCAGCCUCACCUCCGACCCAGCCUUCGCCCGCCGCUUCCGCCUCCACCACCGCCGAAACCCUCCCCUCCUCGGUUACUUCCACGGAGUUUUUGACGGGCUCCCCUUCGAACCUGUCCGCUUCGAGCCUACUCUGGAGGCCCCCAAUCGCGUUCCGCCCGGGCGCCUCUCCUUGCAGCUUGACUCCAACCUCCGUGUACUCGGGUGCCGCCAUGGCCUCGUGUUAAUCUUGGACUGGCCCCAGCUCCUGGUGUGGGACCCCUUCGCCGGCCACCAGCACCGCCUAGCCUAUCCCCCGGGGUUCGAUCCGGACAAGUCCAACGGGGCGGUGCUCCGCUCUGCUGCCGGUGCCGGCGAGGUUCACUUCCAGUUCCAGGUCGUCGUGUCAGAUUAUUACGAGACCUGUGUUUACUCGUCAGAGACUGGGGCGUGGGGUUCUCUAAUCUCAACCCCAACUCCAUCCGGGAACUCCCCUGACAGUGACACCAGGGUUCGGGAACUCCAAUUAUGGAAGAGGAAGACCGGUUUCGAUGGCGUUGCAUCAUGGGAGAUGGGAAGAACUGUUGAACUGGGCAAGCUUUUCUCUAUGGAUUCACAUGAUUUCUUGACCAUACAAGGGUACGCCCAGGACAAUAAUUUGGUGUUCCUGUGGACCGGUAGGAGCGUCUUCAUGGUCAAGCUUGAGCCAUUUCAGUGCGAGAAACUUUUAGACACCAACAAGUGGGAUCGUUAUUAUCCAUUUGAAACCGUCUAUGCUACAGUACCUAGAUUUGUAUUCUGGCUGCCGAGAUGCAGGAAUUGGCUUCUUCAAUGUGGGUUCAUCAAUUUUCUAUACCUCACUGUUCAUGUGAAGAUCAAUGGUCUAUGUUGCAUGCAUGGUCAACUAGGAAGUGGAAUCGUAGGAUUGAUCAUUAAUUGCUAA